UACCCUCAUUCCUGCGCAUGAAUGGUGACUGCUUAUUGUAGCACCAGCAGUUCUUUGCAAUAUUCCAUGUAUCCUCUUUUCUUAUACUCAGCUUUCUUGAAUUGUUGUUUAUUCUGAAUGCGAGCAGAGAAGGAAACACGAUGUUUAUCAGUAUUAGGCUUCAACCCACUCAAGCUAAUGUUACAGACUUUGUUCAGUCCAGCGUUUCACUCAGACUAACAGAACCAGUUGACUUUCUUGAUAUUUUUGCUCAGUUUUUCAUGGAUGUGGACUUGUUAUGCUGCAAAGGAUACACUCAAGCUAGGUGACACUCAGAUUCUUCAGGUUCUUUUGUUUCUGCUACAGGGAAGUUCAUUUUGGCCUAUUGGGUAUAUGAGGUUAAUUCCAACUUCAGCUACUUAGCUAUAAGGUGGGAUGAUAAUAAAAGUCAUAUGCAUGGAUUGCCAACCCGGACACACCUAUUUUGUACGAGAAAUAAUAUCUGCUACAUGGUCUAACGAUUUUGAAUUACGCUUAGAAUUUGGUCUGUACAUUUUAUUGUGAGAUUCUGAUCCUGAAUCAUUGUCCAGUUGUUCAUUUCAGGCGUAGGGGUUAUGGAAACAAGGUGGAGAGCUAGGACAAAUGGAUUCAACAAUAGGAGAUUAAUGUGGUAUGUACUAGAGAUUGACAAUGAAGAUGCAUCCAUGUUGGUAUGCUUUCCCAGAGUCCUAUCGACCGAGUUGCACACUCACUAGAUCCAAGAGGGCUGGCCGCUUUGGCGUUGUGAUAAUUGAAAUUGGGUUCAUAAUUGCAACCAAACCAUGCCACCAACCCAACCACCCCUAGUCCUGACGAAAUGAUAACUGAUCAAUAAAUACCAGCAACCUCUACUUCAAUAAUAGAGUUCUGUUUUCCAUUGUUCUUUAUUUUGUAAUUAUUAUAUUUGAGAAUUUCCUUCAUUAGUGAGACACAGACUAUGAACUUUCUGGGAAGGAGUUACCUGACCCAGACAGGAGUACUGUAUUCUCAACAAAAAAAAAAAAAAAGACAGGAGUACUGAGUAUGCAUGUGAAUCCUCAGACUCCGUUCAAUCGAACUUCUCCCCUCACCAAAAAGAUGACAAAAAAACGUGUUUUUGCGCAGGAAGGGUACCUGCUAUUGAUAUUCAAUCAAUGUUGAAAUGGGGGAAGAAGGGGUUUGAGGGACUUGUGGAAACCUGAAAUCUUGAAAGUUUCAGCCUUUCAAAAUUACUCCAGCCCCUUCUUUUCUCCGCCCUCUAAAUCCUACAACAGCUAAUGAGUUCAUUGCAGUUUCAGCUACCUAUAGGCCGGGUACAUGAGCUCUGUAAUUCGCACUUGGAUGUUUCAAUCUUUCAUCUUUCAUUUGUCCAUUAGUCUCUCUCUUUACAAUAUUGGAUGUGUAAGCAAUAAAUUUGAUGAGUGUAAUGUGAUUCUGCAGAGGCACUUUGCCUGUGAUGUGUAGGAAAGAUGCAUGGCUCAAACUUGUAGUGGUGCUGAAAACACUGGGGACUCACUAAAAUCAGGAGACAUUCACAAUUCUACAAGUAGCUUAGUUUCUUCUUCUGGGAAAUUCACUUUUGAAUUCUGGACAAAUGGUACCAUCUCCAGCAACCUAGUUACACUGCACGGUAAUGGUCCAAACCAAGCAUGGGUUGCCAACCGACACAUGCCUAUUCCAUAUCCAACGGGAGUUCUUUCCUUGGACAUGAACAACACAUUGAAAAUCACAACCCAAAAAGGUGGUGAUCCCCCUAUAGUGCUUCACUCGGCUUCGAAAUGUAUUAGCGUUAAUGUAGCUACCCUUUUGGAUUCUGGUAAUUUUGUCCUACAAGAAGUGAACUCUAACCAGGUGUAGUGGGAAAGUUUUGAUCAUCCAGCAGACACAUUUUUACCAGGCAUGAAAUUAGGGGUGAACCAUAAGACUGGCAAAAUUUGGUCAAUUACAUCAUGGAAAACUCACACCAACCCAGAGAUGGGAAUUUUCAACCUUGAUUGGGACCCAAAUGGACACCAAUUGGAGCUUAGAAGACGUGGGGUGGUUUAUUGGAGAAGUGGAAAAUUUACAAGCAAUAGUUUUGAGUUCAUUUUGCCUUAUCAAAGGCAGAGGUACAACUUCAGCAUGGUUUCAAAUGAGUAUGAAGACUACCUCACUUACGCUGCUCUAGAGGAUCAAACUAAUGAACCAGAAUGGAUCCUAAGAUUUCAGGGGAGACUUUAUGAUAAUGAUGACCAAGUCGGUAUUGUAGAAGCAGACAUGUGUGGUGCGUAUAACACUGAGGGAGGGUGCCAGAGAAGGGACCGGACACCAGACUGUACAACAGGGUUUGAGUUUAGCAAUAAUUUUGAGGAAAAAAAUGGUUCCUUCAAACCAAGUACUUCCUCCUUGUCUAGUUCAAGAUGCCCGUACUGGCUUAAUUUUGCUUCAGAUAAAAAUUACAGCAGUAGUAGUACAGAUUGUCAGGCUACAUGUUGGCAAGAUUGUGAUUGCAUUGGAUAUGACUUUCUAUUUGAUAAUCAGACUGGAUGCCGAUUUUGGAGUGUAGAUUGUCCCUUCUCUGAAGACCUUACUGGUUCGGCUACUACAACUGGUUUUGUAGUUAUGACAAGACCACCAAUGAUAAGAACAUCAUCAUCAUCUCGCAAAAAGGGUAAGAACAGGACGAAGAUUUUUCAGAAAGAACUACUUAGCUUCAUGAGAUCUAAUAGACCAACUGCUGUGGAUGGACUUCAAAUUGACGGAAAGAUGGGGCAGGAUUUAAGUGUAUUUAGCUAUGCAUCUGUAUUGGCUGCCACAUGCAACUUCUCUGAAGAAAACAAACUGGGACAGGAGGGCUUUGGACCGGUUUACAAGGGAAAACUGGUGACUGGGAGAAGAAAUAGCUGUGAAGAAGCUUUCAAAAUCUUCAGGGCAAGGCGUGUCAGAGUUCAAGAAUGAAUUAAUCCUCAUAUAUCAUGAACUUCAACACACAAACCUUGUUCAGCUUUUCGGAUUUUGCCUUCAUGGUGAAGAGAGGAUGUUGAUAUAUGAGUACAUGCCAAACAAAAGUUUGGACUACUUCUUAUUUGGUUGGCAAAUCUAAACUUAGCUGGUAGUUGGUUUCAUUUGUUCUUAGCCAGAAAUGCAUGUUCAUAUGUUUUCUUCUUUAAGUUUUAAUCAACUCCCUAUGUUGGACAGAUUCAACAAGAGGCAUGUUACUUGACCGGAAGAAGCGUUUUAAUAUAAUUGAAGGAGUUGCUCAAGGAUUAAUUUACUUGCACAAAUACUCAAGAUUGAGGGUGAUUCAUAGAGAUUUAAAAGCUAGUAAUGUCCUACUUGAUGACAAUAUGAAUCCAAAAAUUUCCAACUUUGGUCCGGCAAAAAUCUUCACGCAUAAUGAAAUGGAAGCAAAUUCUAGCUAGUAGGAUUGUGGGAACCCAUGGUUACAUGCCUCUGGAGUAUGCCAAUGAGGAAAUUUUUUUCUAUAAAAACUGAUGUCUACAGUUUUGGAGUAUUACUGCUUGAGAAUUGAGAUCAUAAGUGGGAGGAAAAGCAAUAGCUUCUACAAUGAUGAUCAUGUGCACAAUAUAGUAGGAUAUGCAUGGAGAUUAUGGAACGAAGGUACAUGGCUAGAACUAAUGGAUCCCAACAUUAGGCGAUUCAUGUAAUAGGGAUCAAUUUCUAAGAUGUGUCCAUGUUGGUCUACUAUGCGUUGAGGAAAAUGGAGAGGAUCGGCCGACC